AAAAUUUUUCAUUUUUUAACAGAGAGGCCAUGAAAGCCAUUUCAAAGCUGAAAUGCACGGCAAGAAGUUUUUUUUCUCGACGUUACACACUCACACCCAAUGUCUCUUCUAGUCAAGCACUCAACUCAUCAGCUUUGGUAGAUGAUUUCACUAGAUUCUGCUACCAAAGAGACCUCCCAAGUGCCAUCAGAGCCAUGGACGCCAUGCAAACCCACGGCCUCCAUGCUGAUUCCAUAACCUAUUCUGAGCUCAUCAAGUGUUGCUUGGCCCGUGGCGCUGUUCGAGAAGGCAAACUCGUUCAGAACCACGUCUUCUCUAAUGGGUAUGAGCCCAAAACGUUUUUAAUCAACAUUUUGAUUAAUAUGUAUGUCAAGUUUAACCUCUUGGAGGACGCUAAAACGUUGUUCGAUAAAAUGCCUGAAAGAACGGUUGUUUCUUGGACAACCAUGAUAUGGGCUUAUUGUAAUGCUAAGAUGAAUAACAAGGCCUUUGAGUUCUUUGUUUUGAUGCUCAGAGAAGGUGUUAGACCAAAUAUGUACACGUACUCUUCCAUUUUGAGAGCUUGUGUUUGUUUACUUAAUCUUAGGCAGCUUCACUGUGGAAUAAUUAAAGUUGGUUUGGAUUCUGAUGUGUUUGUUAGGAGUGCUUUGAUUGAUGUUUAUGCCAAAUGGGGUGAGUUGAGAAAUGCCGUGUGUGUUUUUAAUGAGAUGGCGACUGGAGAUUUGGUUGUUUGGAACUCAAUCAUUGGAGCAUUUGCUCAGAACAGUGAUGGUGAUGAGGCUUUGGAUCUUUUCAAGAGAAUGAAGAGGGCUGGUUUUGCAGCGGAUGAGGCCACGCUAACAAGUGUUUUGAGGGCUUGUACUGGACUAGCGCUGUUAGAAUUGGGCACACAAGUCCAUGUUCAUUUAUUGAAAUAUGAUCAAGAUUUGAUUCUUAACAAUGCACUAUUAGAUAUGUAUUGCAAGUGUGGCAGCUUGGAAGAUGCUCAGUUUAUUUUUGAUAGGAUGGUAGAGAAGGAUGUGAUUUCUUGGAGCACCAUGAUUGCAGGGUUGGCACAGAAUGGGUACAGCCAAAAGGCGCUGAAAUUUUUUGAGUUGAUGAAAGCGUCAGGGUUAGAACCGAAUUAUAUUACAAUUCUUGGUGUUCUGUUUGCUUGUAGCCAUGCAGGGCUUGUAGAAGAUGGGUUGUAUUAUUUCCAUUCUAUGAAGAACGUUUAUGGGAUUGACCCUGAAAAGGAACAUUAUGGCUGCAUAAUUGAUCUUCUUGGAAGGGCUGGGAAGCUCGAUCAAGCAGUUAAGUUAAUAAAUGAGAUGGACUAUGAACCAGACGCUGUAACAUGGAGAGCUUUGCUUGGUGCAUGCAGGGUUCACCAGAACACUGAUCUUGCUGUAUAUGCUGCCAAACAGAUUCUAAAUCUUGAUCCCCAAGAUGCAGGAACCUACAUACUGUUGUCUAACAUUUAUGCAAACAUGCAAAGAUGGGAUGAUGUAGCAGAAAUUAGGAAGACCAUGAGAGACAGGGGAUUGAGGAAAGAACCCGGGUGCAGCUGGAUUGAGGUGAAUAAGCAUAUUCAUACUUUCAUUUUUGGAGACAGCUCACAUCCAAACAUAGAUGAAAUUAACAGAGAGCUCAACCGGUUAAUUCACAAAUUAGUAGGAGUGGGUUAUGUACCAGACACAAAUUUUGUGUUGCAAGAUCUUGAAGGGGAGCAGAAAGAAGACUCAAUUCGAUACCACAGUGAGAAGCUGGCAAUUGUAUUUGCUUUGAUGAGCAUGUCAAAGGGCAUGACCAUCAGGAUCAGGAAAAACAUUAGGAUAUGCGGGGACUGUCAUAUCUUCGCAAAACUCACAGCAAAAAUGGAGCAUUGUACAAUUGUGCUCAGAGACCCUAUCCGGUAUCAUCAUUUUCGAGAUGGUAGCUGUUCCUGUGGAGAUUAUUGGUAACAGAUGUAAAAGAAAUGUUUGAAAGCUUAACUGCUACUCACACAGCAUCAAACAGGAGAGGGAAAGUUGAUAACCAAGUAUGGCACAACGCUCUGAGCUUCUGCAUUAAUCAGAUGGUAGUGUAGAGUCCUCUGGAUUCAAGCCAUUUGAAGCUUAAAGCAAGAAACAAUAGAUCGGAAGAAUUAUUUGUUAAUGAUCAUUCAACUUAAGAAGGGUCAACUAGGUUGAUGGCAUGAUCACUGCUCAUACAAAUCUGAAUCUAGGUAGGACUACAAGCCACCAAAGAAGUUGACAGCGUAGCCAAUAGAUCACAUGGACUAAAACUGAUGGAUAAUAUGACUGUUCGGUGCUGCUACCAUUUUUCAGUCAUCAGAUGAAUAUUAAUUGCAGUUUGAAUAAUACAUGCAAUUUGGAA